UUCUGAAAUGCUCAACCCUUCUUUAUGACUGUGAAUGCUGGACAAUCAUUAAAGACAAUGAAAAUGAAAUAAAAUCGACAGUACUGUGCUUUCUUAGGAUACUGCUGAGAAUUUCUUCAAAGGAAAAGAAAUCAAAUGAGGCAGUACUUGAAGAUACCCACAUGGGCUGCUCGCUGGUUUAAACUAAAAAUACAAUCAAGAAAAGACAAAUGCAGUUUCUGGGACACUUGAAUAGACAUAAAGGCCUUGAACAUCUAGCUCUCAAUGGCAAAAUUUAAGGCAAACGAGGCAGGGGUAGACCCAGAGCAACCUAUUUGGAGAGCUUAAACAGAUUGCUGAUGGGGAAAGAUAAGGAUACUGUAGCGUUUUGGAGAACAUCAGAGCUAAGAAAUGAAUGGAGAACAAUGAUCGCCGAUGUCUGUUGCAGAUCUGGCACUUGAUGAUGAUUUGCUGAAAUAAAAAUAUAAUGAAACUUCUGUUUAGCUUGGUUUAACUCUUUCUAUGUCAGAGUAUUUCCACAGUGGUGUCACCUAUCAUGCAAGGAAGGGAGGGUGGGGGGGGGGGGGCUCAUUAUUGUAUAUUGCAUUGUUUCCAUCUCGUAAAUGUUUACAAUUUCAGGGCUCGCUGUGUCUGACCUGUGCUCCCUGCUGACCAUGAUAUGGAUAUGUAUCUGCGUGACCCCACUCUUCUACCUCUCUGAGCUGCCCUUUGACCCAAGGGACAUCAUGUACCUCACGGGGGUCACGCCCCAUUUCCUCUUUGUCAAAAUUGCCACUUUUAUCACUGCUUUCAUCACCUUCGAGCGAUGUCUGUGCAUCGCUGUCCCUCUGAAGGUAAAGACGAUCAUCACACCGGGAAGGACAAAGAUAAUUAUUAUCUCCAUCUACAUUGCCAUGGCUGUUUUGAUGAUCCCCUUCUGUCUUGGAAACAGUCUUGAGUUGGUUUUCGAUUUCACCAGGAAUGUUACUAUCCUAAAGUCCACGUUCACAUCCGAAAGGGACAUGCUAGAAACCAUUACAUUUCUCACCCAAGGCGUAUUUACUACGACGUUUUCCUUCGUCUUCGUCAUCUGCUGUACCAUCGUUCUUGUCGUCAAACUCAACAGUAAAACAAAAUGGCGGCAGGCCACUGCAGCCAAGUCUGAUCGUGCAGCGGAAGGAGUUGGGGUCAAAGAUCAAAAGGUUGUGAAAAUGGUGACCUUCAUCGCUGUCAUUUUCAUCGUCUGCGCCGUACCGCCAACACUCCUGUUUUUCUACAUGGUGUUUGACCAAGAUUUCCGUAUUGAUGGUGUCUAUAAAAAUCUCUAUCUUGUCAUUUGGUCUUCAGCAUUUCUUACAGAAACUAUCAACUCCAGCGUGAAUAUAUUUGUGUAUCUGAACAUGAGUUCGAAAUACCGAGUCGCGUUUUUGAAAACAUUUUGGAAAAAGGACGUAAAAUAACCUUUUACGUAAAGAUGAAAAGGACAACGAAAUGUUUUGUUUUUUUCUGCCAUGGAGUUGGAGGCUUGAUUGACAGUAAUUUCAGGUCGCUGAAACCAAAAGUGGCAUCAAUUGCUCUAUCAGGCCAAGGUUUUGCUGAAUGGCAUAACCACUGUUUCUGCGGGGUUACUAUUGAAAUAGUUAUUAUAGUGACAAAUGCCAAUCAUGUCCAGAGCAACGGAAACAAAUGAGACAUCAAACCUUGCUCUCAUUUGUGUAAACCACAUCAAGCUUCAAGUUUGAGAA